AUGAUCUACUCGCUACUCAAGCAAUCCCUCGUCGUCCUUCUCUACGGCUGUUGGGCCAGGGUCAUCGAUAUAGAGGACGUUUGUCGACAGAUACAAGGCUCAGUAUCGGAGAGUUCAGAAGUCUUCUAUCCUGGUUCGGAUGGUUACCUUCGCGAUAUUGAACACUGGUCACUCUCAAGCUCACAGAACUCUACAUGCUCGGUUGAACCCGGCACUAUUGAAGAUGUGGCCAUCAUCAUGAAGAUAAUCGGAAAUACCAGACCUCCGUUCGCUAUAAAGGGAGGCGGUCAUGCUACUAACCCAGGGUUCUCGUCGACGCCUGGCGUACAGAUUGCCAUGUCGCGUUUCAGGGAUGUGUUGCUAGAUGGAAGUAAAGACACGGUUGCGGUCGGCGCGGGUUGCAAGUGGGACGAUGCUUAUAACGCACUCAACGGUACUGGCAGAAUCGUCCUAGGCGGCAGAGUCCCCGAUAUUGGAGUUGCCGGCCUGACUCUAGGUGGUGGUUAUGCGUACCAUACUAGCCAGUACGGCCUGGCCAUGGACAAUCUUGCCGCGAUCGAGAUCGUACUUCCCAAUGGGACAAUCGCCACCGUCACCUCUGCGGAUGAGGAUCUUUGGUUUGCUCUGCGUGGUGCAGGCGCCGCCAAUUUUGGCAUCGUGACUACCUUUCACUUCAUUACGCAUCCGCAAGGGGACGUUUGGGGUGGCCUCGUUCGGCUCGAUGAACCUCAACUAGAUGCCGCCCGGGCUGCCACCAAACGCUUCUCGGACUACAACGUGGACAAGAAGGCUUCUGUGAUAUAUCGCCAAGACGCCGCGUCUGGCUAUCUGAUCCUGUUCUACGAUGGUCCCACGCCGCCAACUGGCAUCUUCGACGAGUUUGUGGCUAUCCCGUCUGCGGCAUCGGACCUCCAGAUCCGCGAUUUUGCGUCACACAUCCAGUCUCUCGCUCCCUUCGCUCCCAUUGAGCCCGGAACCAACGCCUUUUGGGGCUCUAUUAACUUCGUAGACUAUCCCAUCGAACUUCAGGAGUAUAUUCAGCAGAUCAGCCAGGAAGAGACAGCGAAGCUUUCUGCACUGGAUCCAAGCUUUUCCAUCUCGUGGUUCAUCGAACCCUUCUCCUCGGAGUACUUCGAAGACGCCGUGGACACGACGCCUGCGUCAUACCCUUCCUCGCGCGAUCUCGCUCUUCUUCCCACGUUCCCAUACUACGGUUUCAAGAACGCCUCGCUCACGAAAGUCAUGCUUGAUUCCAUGCAGCGCACAAUCAGCGACGUCCGCAACAAGGCUGUAGAGCUUGGUCAAGACAUCGCGCAUGUCGGCGAGUACGCCAACUACGCGUUGUUUACCACGCCCACGGUCGACAUCUACGGGACGGAAAAUCUGGCGCGGUUGCGGAAGAUUCGGGACGUAAUCGACCCGGAAAGGGUCUUCAACCUCGCGGGAGGGUUCAAACUCGGAGAGGAUACCGACGGUGUUGAAGUGUGCAGUGCUGUUGGUGACGGAACAGCGCCGCUGGAAGGGGUUCAGGUUGCAUUCAAGGACUCUUUGUAG